AGUGCCCUGACGGAGGGCUUAUCAGAAGAUUAUCAGCUGUAAUAUAAAGACGGCUCGCCUCUCUCACUUUCCCCAUUGUCGAACACACAACGUCUCUUCGGCUCCUCCGCAAACAUGAUGACCACUGAUCAGAGGGUGAUUGCCCUCACCGUGCUGCUGACCCUGAUCUGUGCCAGUCAGGUGAGGUCCGCCCCGGUGCCCGAGGACUGGGCCACUGGCCUGAUCCACCGGGCCAAGCGGUCUCUGCUCUGGCGCUGGAACAUGCUGAAACCUGUCGGAGCCAGCUGCCGAGAGCACUCGGAGUGUGGAACCAAAUACUGCAGGAAACAUACGUGUACAUUUCGUAGCUUUUCCUCUUGAAUGUUUGGAUUUCAUGACCACCUGGACCUAAACCACACUGGGCUGUUGAAGUUUGCCACAAUUACAAUACCAAUGGAGCAGAGGACAUCUAAGAUAAGGACCAAACCCCCUGUAUUUGGAAGUGUCUUUAGAAUAUAAAAAGGGAUAAAAUGGCGACAGUAAUGCUAGUACCUUGUAGACUCACAUGUAGCUGCCUGACUGAGACCACGGCGGUAAAACCCUACCAUGAGUCGACACAAUGCUGUUCCUGAGACCACGGCAGUAAAACCCUACCAUGAGUCGACACAAUGCUGUUCCUGAGACCACGACAGUAAAACCCUACCAUGAGUCGACACAAUGCUGUUCCUGAGACCACGGAAGUAAAACCCAACCAUGAGUCGACACAAUGCUGUUCCUGAAACCAUUUUUUGUGUUACUCUUACUAAACAUGGAAUUUUAUGCUACUAUACUGGCUUGGAAUAUGGUAUUCAGAAUAUGAGGCAGUUUUUAUGGUUUUAGGAUACCUUAGAUACCUCAAAAAGGUUCACCAGUGAGACACUGAUCACAUUUAACUUAUGUGAAGAAGUGUUGAUUAAUGUAUUUUAAAUUACAAAUGUAAUCAAUUGGCAAGAAGUUACCAUUGUAUCUUGUAGUAAGCAUCAGGCCUUUCAGUGUAGGUAUGGACAUGCACACACUUCUUAUGUGCCAGGACACUUUGAUGUACUAAAUACAUUUGUGAGAAUUCAAAGAUUCAAAGCA